CAUCCGCCGCCGUCUCCACCCCCGCUCGGCUCUCUCCCCCUCUCGCACGCCGUCUCUCUUUCCUCGCGCCUCCGCUUCCCCAGCGACGCGCGCGCGCCUCCUCCUCCCCUCUCGUCUCCUCCCCUCCCGUCUCGCCAAGGAAAAGCGCACUGAUGGAGACGCCGCUGUCCAACAGGAGGAUCACCCGCUCGCUCGCCGCCGCCGCCGCGGCAUCUGCCCAGAAGAGCGCCGCCGCCGGGACGGACUCCGCGGCCCUGCUCUCCUCCCGGGCCAAGAACGCCGCCGCCGCGGGGGAGCCGCAGCCCCGAGCCGCGCUGCACGACAUCACCAACGGCAACGACUCCCCCAUCGUCGGCCUCGCCGCGGGCGGCCUCCACGGCACCGACAGGACCCCCGCCUCCGCCGCCGCCAAGACCCGCCGCAGGGCCCCGCGCCGCACGCCCGGGUCCGGGGAGGCGCUCCUGCGCGGCCAGGUCAAGGCGCUCCUGAACAAGGUCGAGGAGGAGCAGGGGUGCGCCCCCGCGGCUCUCGUCAGGCCAGCGCGCAUCCAGGAGCUUCUUGGGGUCUCCAGGUCGCCGGCGCAGCUCCUCGCGCCCACGCCGGCCAACACGCCGCAGAUCGGGCCCGUCUCCGCCGCCAGGGAAGGCCUCCUGGUGCCUGAUGGUGUCCCCGUGGUGCCCUGCGUCCUCGAGGAGGAACUACUGCUUCCUAAGCUGCAGGCCAUGGCUGCUUCUCUGCAGCUACCUCAGCCAGAGGAGAACCUCGGCGAAUGUCAGCUGAACCGUGCGCUGAUGUUCGACGACUCGCCUGAAAAGUCCGAUGUGUCCAAUGGGCCGGCUGUCUCGUUCCAGGAGAGCAGCACCGGCAGCUGCAUUGACAAGUCGUCAUCACCUGAGGAUGACAGCUCCUCGGCCUGGUCAGUUCAGGUCCCUGCCAGCUCUGAGAAGGGCGACGAAGAAGAACUCGGCGUGGAGGACCUGGGAGAGUACACUGAAGAAGGGGAGGACCUGGGAGAGUACACUGAAGAAGGGGAGGAGUGGGAAGAAGAUAGUGACGACGACUGCUUCGAUGACCUGUGCGAGGAGAUGAGCAGGAUGACCGUGGUCGACGAAGAAGAGGAGAGGAAGGCAGGGCUGCCGCAGUUCGAGGGGAAGCACACCCGGUUCAUCUACAACAGCGACGACGAGAUCGAGCGGGAGGAGGUGGCGGACGCAGCUGAGGCGAGGGCGGAGCUCGGCGCGCUGAUGCUCAGGGGACUGCCGGUGCCGGAGGGCAGGCACCUGCGCUUCCACGAGGACGAUGAGGACGAGGAGUGAAGCCGUGUCAGUCGUGUUCGGAUUCGGGCAUCUGCAGUGGUUGUCAUUCCCUGACAUGACACCAGCAACAUAUUCUUUUGGGGUCUCUGAUUCUACAUUCUGACUCUGUGUUUUGGGGUCUCUCAGUUGCGAAUUCAUCAGAAAUGCAACAUAUCCCCAGUUACUGAAUAAAUCUGCUCUGUGGCAUUCGGUGCAUGAGAAGUCUCUAUGCUGUUCAGUAGUUUCAGAUUUUGUGCUGUUUUGGAUAUAUCGUUCUGGGGAAGUUGAGGCCUUGUACUAGCAAAAACUAAUUUCUGCUAUGGCCUCUGGGCUUCUGCGCCCUCUGUUUCUUCAUUGUGAUCAGUUCUUCAGAAAGCAUAAAAAAAGUUCUUCAGA